UGACACAAUAUGUGCCAUGGUGGUGGCCGAUGAUGAAAACCAACAAGUACGACCUUACUCCGAUACUAGUUGCCAUUUUUGUACCCAUCGGGGUUGCGGUUUUAUGGUACCGGUCGACACUAUCGAGAUGCUUGCCACCAGGUCCCCGUAACUUGCCGAUCGUAGGCUACCUUCCCUUUCUUGACCCUAACUUGCACACACACUUCACCAACAUGGCUCACAGUCACGGUCCCAUCUUCAAGAUUUGGCUAGGUAUCAAGCUUUACGUUGUGAUCAACACCCCCGAACUAGCAAAAACGGUGGUUCGUGACCAAGAUGAGACCUUUGCUAACCGCAGCCUCACAAUUGCGGCCUCAAUAAUCGCUUACGGUGGCCAAGAUAUAGCAUGGUCCAACAGUAACUCAUCAUGGCGUAACCUUCGUAAGAUCUUGGUCCACGAGGUCCUAAGUAACAAGAAUCUUGAAGCAUGUAGUUCUUUCCGAACGGAUGAAGUUAGAAAAAUGAUCAAGAAUGUAUAUAGCAAAAUUGGGACCCGAAUUGACGUUAAGGAGAUUUCUUUCUUUAUGAUCGCCAACGUUCUAACGACCAUGGUUUGGGGAAAAGAUAACCAUCUUGGAGCUGAGUUGCAGAUGGUGGUGUCGAAGAUUGUUGAGAUGUUGGGACGACCAAAUCUGUCGGAUUUCUUCCCUUUUCUGACGUGGUUUGAUCUACAAGGUGUCGAACGGGAGUCCAAGGUGCACUUUAAGGAAUUGGAUCGAGUUUUCACAAGCAUCAUCGAUGAUCGAAUCAAACUGAACUCCGAAAGGUUAGAUGUUGGAGUUGGGCAUGAAGGAAAGAAAGACUUUUUGCAGAUCUUAUUAGAGCUCAAGGACCAAAAGGAUGCAACAUCGCUCGACAUCACCAAAAUAAAAGCACUUCUUACGGACAUUAUGGUUGCAGGAACCGAAACAACGACAUCAGUAAUAGAGUGGGCAAUGACAGAGAUUAUGCAAAAUCGCCACGUAAUGAAAAGGGUUCAAGAAGGAUUAGCAGAAGUCGUAGGACCAAACAACAUUGUUGAAGAAUCUCAUCUUUCGAAAUUAAAGUACCUGGAUGCAACGGUUAAGGAAACAUUGCGGUUGCACCCUGUAGUCCCUCUUCUCGUACCGCGAUCCCCAAGUCAGACUUGCACGGUAGGUGGAUACACCAUCCCAAAGGGUUCUACCGUCUUUGUGAACGUUUGGGCAAUCCAUCGGGAUCCUCGAAAUUGGGACAAUCCCUUGGAAUUCGAUCCCGAGAGGUUUUUGACGGAAGAGGGGAUGGACAAGUACGAUUUCAAAGGGAACAAUUUGAAGUUUUUCCCAUUUGGAUCAGGUAGAAGAUUGUGUCCAGGUGUUCCAUUGGCUGAGAAAAUGGGAAUGUAUAUCUUGGCUUCUUUCUUGCACUCGUUUGAUUGGAGCUUGCCAAAGGGCGAAGAGCAUGAUUUUUCUGAUACAUUUUCCAUUGCGUUAAAGAAAAGAAAACCACUCGUCGCUAUCCCAUCUCAAAGGUUGCGAGACGUGAGCCUUUAUGUGUAAAAUCUUGUUCGACUCGUUUAUGCAGUCAAGAUUAAAGAUCAUAUCAAGAUAGCUAGGAGACUUUGGAUUCCACUGCUGUUGCUAUGUUGAUAGAACGUUUA